AUGGGCAAAACUUCCAAAGACAAACGCGACAUUUACUACCGCAAGGCCAAGCAGCAAGGCUACCGAGCGCGCUCGGCCUUCAAGUUGCUGCAGCUGGAUGACAAGUUCCAGCUGUUGCCGCACGCUACGCGCGUCGUGGACUUGUGCGCAGCUCCUGGCGGAUGGAGCCAAGUGAUUGUCGAGCGCGUACCGAAAGGCAGCACGAUCGUUGCUGUGGACCUCAUGGAGAUGGCGCCGCUCGCCGGCGUUGUGCAGUUACAGGGCGACAUCACGCACAAGGCCACCGCGGACGCGAUCGUGGCGCAGUUCCAAGGCCAAAAAGCGCAAGUUGUCGUGAGUGACGGCGCGCCCGACGUGCUGGGACUGCAUGACUUGGACGAGUACUUGCAGGCACAGCUCGUGCUCGCUGGACUCAACAUCAGCCUGCACAUUUUGGAAGAAGGCGGCACGUUUGUCGCCAAGCUAUUUCGAGGCAAAGAGGUGUCGCUUCUGUACGCCCAGCUCUGCCGCUUUUUCAGCCAUGUGACAUGUGCCAAGCCCAAAACGAGUCGCAACUCGAGUCUGGAGGCGUUUGCAGUUUGUCAGCAUUUCCGUGUGCCCAGCGACUUUGUACCAGACAUGGAACGGAACUUGAUGGACUUGCAAUACAUUGAAGAUGUCGAAAGUGGAGACGAAGACGGCGACUGGUACAAUAGCGGAGUAUCGAUAGAGCGUGGCGUCUGUGUUGACGUGGUGUUUAUCGGCGCGGGUGACGUGUUUGGAUACGACGCUGAUCAAUCGUACUCGCUGGACGAAGAUACAGCGAGCGACUCGGCAACGGGUUGUACGACAAAGUACGUCCACCAGGAACCGUUGCAGAAGCCGAUCAACCCACCGUACGCUAAUGCGCUGAAGAAACGGCAGAGUAAGCAAUAG